AUGUUGGAAGAACUGCUCGCCGUACUGAUUGCCCGGUGGCCGAUUGUACUGUCUGUCGCUAUUAUAGCUUUCUGUCUCAAGAACUACUUUAACAACGGCCUGAACAAAUAUCCAGGUCCAGCAUUGGCCCGAGUGACAGACUGGUGGAGGUUCUGGGACGUUUACAACCGCCGACCCGACAUCACACAGCUCGCCCUGCACCGCAAGCAUGGCGAUGUCGUUCGACUCGGACCUAAUUGCCUCUCCUUUUCAGACCCACAAGCCAUCAAGCAGAUCUACGGCCUCAACAAGGGCAUGACUAAGUCCGGAUUCUACCCUGUGCAACAAGCUGUCACGAACGGCAAGCGCCUCCCGUCCCUCUUCAGCACCACCGACGAGGCCUACCAUGCACAGCUCCGACGCUCCGUCAACAACGCCUUCUCCAUGUCCACCCUCGUCCAAUACGAGCCACUGGUCAACGAGGUCGUCGACCUCUUCCUUACGCAAACUUCGCGCAUCUACGCCCAGACCAGCCAGACCUGCAACUUCGCCAAAUGGCUGCAAUUCUUCGCUUUCGAUGUCAUCGGCCAAAUCACCUACAGCAAACGCCACGGCUUCGUUGACCGCAAUGAGGACGUCGACGGCAUGAUCGGCUACCUCGCAAAGCUAUUCAGCUAUGUUGCGCCCAUCGGCCAGAUCCCUUGGCUGGAUCUCCUCUUCCUCAAGAACCCACUCAUUCUCCUCCUGGAUCGCUUCGGCGUCAAGAUGACCGCUUUCCCAGUGACGACCUUUGCAAAAUCUCGCAUGACUGAGCGUCUAGACGAACUCAAGUCCGCCUCCGGAGAGAAAUCCAAAGAAGAGGCAAUGAACUCCCGCCAAGACCUGCUGUCCAUGUUCCUGAAAGCGCAGAAGGACCGACCAGAAUUCAUGACCGACAACCGCGUCCUGACAAUGGCAGUCUCUAUGGCAUUCGCUGGCUCAGAGACAACCGCCAUCUCGCUCUCCGCCGUCUUCUACUACCUCCUACGCAACCCAGCCACCUACCACAAACUCCAACAGGAGCUCGCUGACGCCGUCGCCGAGGGGAAAGUAGAAGAUCGACCCAAUGGCGCCGUCUCGUGGGCCGAAUCACAGACCUUGCCGUAUCUCGACGCAUGCAUCAAGGAAGCGUUUCGCGUGCAUCCUGCCGCGGGUCUGCCUCUUGAGCGAGUUGUGCCCGCGGAAGGGAUGGAGAUCUGUGGCGAGUUUGUGAAAGGGGGCACCGUGGUCGGCGUAAAUGCUUGGGUUGUACACAAGCGGGAGGAAGUAUUCAACCCGUUGAACAAAUACCAUAUUGAUGAGUAUAUGCCAGAACGGUGGCUUGAUGAUGCUCUCAGCAAAGACCAACUCAAGACAAUGGAAGGAACCCUGUUCCAAUUCGGCGCCGGCGCACGCACCUGCAUCGGCAAGAACAUCUCCCUCCUCGAGGUCUACAAGCUAGUCCCUUCCUUCUUACGACGAUUCGACAUCGAGUUCGCCAACCCCGACCGACCGGAGUGGACGCUGCAUAAUGCGUGGUUUGUCGCACAGAGGGGGUUUGAGGUGCGGUUUCGGGAACGGGGCCUCGUUGGGCACUGA